UCAGCACUAAAAUAAUAUUGUUAAUGUCGUUUACAUUAAACAAGAAAACCUCUGAAAUUAUUGUAAUUAUAUUUUUUUAAAUUAAACAAAAAAUAUUGUUUAACUUCCUUCACAAUGUUUGUUGUUUUCAAAAGCUUGUAAGCUUGUGGAUUAAACAUUACAUAUUGUGUUUAAAAUUGUUAUUAUUCUGUUACCUUUCAUUUGUUUGUUGCUAGGCAGUUGUUAGAAAACCUCUCGUAUCCACUUCUCACUCCUUGUUAUAUAUUUUUAUUUUUGCUAUGAGGGGGAUCUUUAGUUUUAUUAUGCGCUUUGGGUUGGAAAAGAGGACAACAAUAUGUACCUGAUAGUACCAUGAAACAAUGAAUGACACAAGUAAAAGAUGAAACUGCUCAAACUCCUUAUCAGAUAUUUCCCUCCAGUUGUGUUUGAGGUGAUUUGCUUUGUAGGGAUCUGCCUCGUGUACAAUCAGGGUGGCUUAAUAAAGGAAAAGAUGUUGGACCUUUUUCAGUUAACAACCAAGACUCAUAUACCAUCAUUAGCAGAUGAGUUAAUGUGUAAUGAAAAGUUGUUAACCCCUGGAGUGAAACCGUAUUUGAUUUCUACUCUUUGCAAAAUGCAGGACAAGUUAAAGGCGGACAGCAAACACAAUUUUGUCAAGUACAACACCAUUGAGCACAUCUUGCCAAUAACGAACGUUGCAUUUAAUAAGGAAGGAACUAAGUGUUUAACAGGGAGUUUUGAUCGGAGUUGUAAAAUCUGGGAUGUUGGAAAGGGAGUUCUGUCGAACAGUUUAGAAGGGCAUAACGGAGUUGUAUUCGAUGUUAUGUUCAAUUAUCCAUUUGACGAUCGAGUUCUGACUGCAAGUUUUGAUAAAACAGCAUGUAUAUGGGAUUCAGAAAGUGGUGAAAGGCUGGCAUCUUUUAUAGGUCACACGGAAGAAGUUGUAAUCGUAAGGUAUGAACCUACAAAGAGACACAUCGCUACUGGUUCUAUGGAUCAUACAGGUCGAAUUUUUGAUCUUCACACAGGGGUUGAACUUUGGGUAUUGGAAGGGCAUAAUGAUUCCCUCAUAACGAUAGAGUUUAGCACAGAUGGAAAACAUUUGAUUACCGGUUCAUUCGAUGGCAAUGUAAUUCUCUGGGACACGAGGACACAUAGCAAAGUUGGUGUUUUAAACCACCACAAGGAUAGCAUUAGCAAGUGUACUUUCAAUUUUGAAUCUGAUCUUAUUGCAACAAGUUCUAUGGACUGCACAGCAAAACUUUGGGACAGAAGGAACCUAAGUUGCAACUUUACUUUGCACCAUGAAGAUGAAGUAUUAGAUAUUACAUUUGAUCCGACUGGAAAACGAGUGGCCACAGCCCUGGCGAAUGGUCUUGUAAAAGUCUGGGACUCUAGGAGAAACUCCAAACUUCUUCUUUGUUUGAACGGCCAUAAAGCGGAAGUUUCAAAAGUAUCUUUCAGCCCUGGGGGAGGUCUAAUAUUGACCGGUUCAUCAGAUGGCACUGCAAGGAUAUGGAAUGCUUCUUCAGGCCAAUGCCGUCAAGUGUUGAAAGGCCACACCGAUGAAGUAUUCUCUUGCUUGUUUUCAUAUUCUGGAGAAACUGUGGUUACAGCUUCUAAAGACAAAACAUGCUUUAUAUGGAAAAAGAACUCAGAUGUUUCAGAUGAUGAAGAUUAAUCUCACUGAAAUCCUUUCUAGUUAUUCGAUUUUAACUAGUUGCCAAGACUCCUCUGUAUAAUGAUCUGUAAUUGAUUUAAAAUGAAGACAAUCAAAUGUAACAUUUUUUGAAAGUGUAUUCAAUAAAAUACCCCAUCAGAGA